CUUUUAUCAGGAGAGCGAAGACUGAAACUCAGAUAAGAGAAUGUCUUCAAACCGGUUUUUCCAGGCUUUUGACGCUCAGAAAUGUCAGUACAUUACCAGGUUAUUAGUUGUGGACCCAAAAAGUCAUUGUACAGCCACAGAAGCCCUCAAUCACCCGUUCUUCCAGCAGUACGUGGUUGCAGAGGCACAUCAUUUCAGCCAUCACAGGAAGUUCAAGGUUAUUUGUAUGGCCAUACUUGCCACCAUGUGUAUCUACUGCAGCUUUCGUCAUGCAAAACCUGUCACAGAGGAAGUGAUCCGCAGUGACCCAUAUGCCAUCAAACCUCUACGCAAGAUGAUCGACGCAUGUGCCUUCAAGAUCUACAGCCCUUGGCUGAAGGAAGGGCAAACUUAGAACAGAGCAACUUUAUUUGAGAACACUCAAAGUCAU